AUGACAAGCAAGAGCGGCAAGAAGAGGGCCAGCAAGAAGCGCCCGAAAAAGGGAGAAAUGGAAGGAGGAGGAGUGAAGGAGCAGAGACCAUCCAUCCAGUCUUCGUCCUCGGUGACCCGUACUUCUUCCUCCACCACAACUACUACCACUACAACCACUACUAGUAGUACUAGCGGCAACAAAUGGGAGACGUUAACGCAAUGGACCGACGACUCGGUGGCCAUGGUCGCGGAUUGGUGGAACAUGAAGGAAGAUCAAGUGGAAAAGCUGUGGCAACUCCGAGAUCGUCUGACGGAUGUGACACAUUGGAAGAAUCAACCCAACGAAGUGGUACGAUAUUUGCGCGAUGCCAAAUUCAACGUCAAGGAUGCCGAAGCCAAAUUUCGACGCAUGAUCCAAUGGCGGAUCGACGAGAAGGUGGACGAUAUCAUUCAUGACUACCAACCACCGCAUCCGCUCAUGGAAGAGUACCUGCCCACGACAGUCUUGGCGGCCACCGACAAAGAGGGAGAUCCCAUAUGGGUCGAACGAGUCGGUGCUGCCGAUAGUUGGGGCUUGUUCAAACGCUUUGGACAACACGAUCUGAUUCGAUAUGCCGUUUAUAUUCGAGAAGUCUGUAUCCGUGGAAAAUGGGCCGAAGAUUUCCAACAAAAAAGUGGCGGCAAACCACCCAUGAGAGCCACGGCCAUUAUUGAUUUGGGAGGAAUGAGCUUUGAUCACUGUCGACCGGCAUUGUUGCCUCUACUCAAAGAGGGACUCAAAAUUGUGCAGGAAUACUAUGUAGGCUUUGGCAAAAAAAUUAUUGUCAUUCGAGUCAGCAAAUUAUUCCCCAUGGUGUGGAAAGUAGCACAGCAUUUUUGUGGUGAGAAUAUGAAGAACAUGAUGGUCUUUGCCACGGCCGAUAACUACCUCGAGGUACUCUCGGAAUAUGUCGAGCUGGAGAAACUUCCACCCUGUCUCUUUGAAGGAGGCGAGGGGCAUGGUGGAGUCGCCAUGCCCAACAGUUUGGAUGGUGGAAAGGUACCCAGUUGGGAAGAAUUGGAUCGCAUGUGGGAAAAGCGACAACAAAAACAAAAACAAGCAGCAUUGCUGCCACCCAAGGAAAUCAAAACGUCCGACGUGUUGUCUGUGCAGACAUCCAGCUUGAUGUCCGACGAAGAGGCUCCAUUCAGCCAGCGGUCCGGUACCACAGUCACGGACCUCUUGUCUCCCACAUCGUCGGCCUUCUCGUACGCUAGAGAUAGAAAUGCACUCCAACCGGAAGACUGGUCCGACGCCAACUUUCGAGAGGCCAUGCGAGUUUGGGAAUGCACCCCAAAGGAAGAAGCUCAACUACGAGAGUUGCAACAACGAGUCGCCGACGUGGAUCACUGGAAAAAUAGACCCAGCAUCUUGCUCGCGUACUUGAGGGAACACAAACACAAUCUAAAGGUGGCCGAAGAUUGCUUUCGCAAAACCAUUCAAUGGCGUGAAGAAAAUGGCAUUGAUCACCUUAUUGAAACGUACCGUCCUCCCAUGUUGCUCUUGAAGUACUUUUCCAACACCAUUCUACGACCAGAUUGCUGUGACAAGGAUGGCGAUCCAAUAUACAUCGAACGACCGGGGCCGACCGACUCCUGGUCAUUGUAUCAACGCUUUGGCGCCAAAGCCAUGUGCGAGUAUCUGACGUGGAUUCGGGAAGAAGCAGGACGUGGACGGUACCAAAAAGAGUAUGAACGCUUACACGGGCAUGAAAUUCAUCGCAUUACCGUCGUUGUCGAUCUUGUGGGGUUGUCCACCAGACACAUGAAACCGGGACUCUUGCCGUUGUUUCGAGAGGUCGUGAAUGUGGCACAGGCCCAUUACUGCGGCAUUGCCAAACGGGUCUUUGUCAUUCGGGCGCCUCGCAUUUUCAAAGUGAUUUGGAAAAUUGUGCAGCAUUUUCUCGAGGACAGAAUGAAGAAGCUUUUGAUCUUUGCGUCGGAGGGAGACUAUUUGGAUGUAAUGAGUGAGUACAUUGAGCUGGAAAAUCUUCCACCGUGUAUUUACGAGGGCGGACAUGGUGAAGGGGGGAUAGGAUUGCCCAAGCGGCUCGAUGGUGGACUGGUGCCGCCGAAAUCCAAGCACGAUUAUGACUUGGCUACUCGUGAGGAUAUCGAUCCUGGUCUGGUGGAUGGUAAGUUUAGUGAUGGCAUGGAUGGGUCUGUCGCGAGUGUCUCGGCCAAGGUGGCGCGGCUUGGUGGGGGAUUCUUUGAGCUUUCUGAUGAUGAUGACGCCAGGACGGUCCUGAGUGUCUGCAGCUUAGCGAGUCAACGAGAGACAUGA